UUUAUGUCCUUUCUGUGAUCGACGAAGAAGAAAUGGCGUCACGACUCCCAAACAGUCUGAUGUUGACAAAUGAAGAUUUUAUUCCGUUUUGCUAAGUGAUGUUUUUCAGACUGCUCUAGUGACAAAAUGGAAAUCAUGGCUGCAAAUAUGCUAACUAGCUCCCCUGCUCCAGCCACGCUGCCUCCAUCGCCGUGUUUGGAGGAUCCUGGUCCCCCACUCGGGACGUUGGACAGCGAAGAUUACGUGUUCAACGAGCCUCGACAUCCCAACAAGGUGCUGGAAGGCUUGAACAGCCUGAGGCUUAACAAUGCCUUCUGCGAUGUCACACUGUGCUGUGGAGGCCAGGAGUUCCCCUGUCAUCGCAUCGUUCUUGCCUCCUUCAGCUCUUACUUCCAAGCUAUGUUUUCCACUGACCUGAUGGAGUCGCGGCAGGAACGAGUGGCCAUCAAUGGCGUGGAGCCCCAGAUGAUCGGCAUGCUCGUCAACUAUGCCUACACUGCCGAGGUGGUGAUCUCCAAGGCCAACGUACAGGCCCUCCUGGCUGCAGCCAACCUGCUGGAUGUCAUGGCAGUGCGUGAGGCCUGCUGCAGGUUCAUGGAGCGUCAGAUGGACGAGAUCAACUGUGUGGGCAUCCACUGCUUUGCUGAGGCUCACUCGUGUAAAGAGCUAGAGCGUCGCAGCAUGGAGUACAUCCAGCAGCACUUCAGCACUGUGUGCAAACAGGAGGAGUUCCUCUCACUGUGUGCUGAUAAACUGACUGAGAUCAUCUCCAGUGAUCAUCUCCACGUGCCUCAGGAGGAGACUGUGUUUGAGGCAGCCAUGCUGUGGUUGGAGAAGUGUGCUUCCCGCAGGCAGAGCUUUGAAAAGGUACUUGAACACAUUCGGUUGCCUCUGAUCAGCCCCUAUUAUAUCCAUGACGUGAUUGAGUCUUUGGAUGUAGUGAAGGAGUCUCGGAAGUGCCAGGAACUGAUCUCUGAAGCCAAGGACUACCUGCUGCUUCAGGACCGCAGAGGAGAACUCUACAGCCCCAGAACUCGACCUCGCAGGGCCAUGGGCACAGCUGAGGUUAUAGUGACAGUAGGAGGGGAGGAUGAUAAGGUCGUGCUCAGGAGCGUGGAGAGCUUUGACCCCAUGUCCAGCCAGUGGAAAAGCCUGGCUUGCCUUCCCUUUGCUGUGAGUAAGCACGGAUUGGUGGUGUCAGGUUCCAUGCUUUAUCUGGCUGGUGGUGAAUUCCCAGAUGGCUCGGCCAGCAGAGAGAUGUGGCGCUACGACCCCUGCUUCGACUCGUGGUUAGAGAUGGCUCCCAUGAAUGUAGCUAGAUCAGAACUAGGUGAGCAUGAGGAUGCACAAACAUUCAUAUUAUUUGGCAUCCAGCAGUCAGUUUAUUUGACUGGACUCCAACUGUUCUGGGUCCUCGCAGGUCUGGUGAUGCUCGAUGGAUACGUGUUUGCAGUGGGAGGCUGGGAGGGCCGCUCUCGCCUCGACUCAGUUGAGUGCUACAAUCCGCACACUAAUACAUGGCAGUUCAUGGAGUCGGUUAAAAUGGCUGUCACAAGUCCUGCUGUGGUUGCACUGGAUGGACUGCUUUACGUCACAGGUGGUGCAGUUCUUGAAGACGGAGACGGAACCGACCUCGCACAGGUCUACAACCCUAAAACACGUGUGUGGACAGAAGUGGCUCCAAUGCAGAUCGCCCGCUCAGGGUCUGCAGCCUGCACUCUGAAGGGCAAAAUCUAUGUUAUAGGUGGGUGGCACGCCUCUACAGAGAACACGGAUAAAGUCGAAUGCUAUGACCCAAAGAACAACAAGUGGACUAUGUGUGCACCAAUGAAGGAGCGACGUUAUCGGCCCGGAGUGGCAGUUGUGGAUGGGAAGAUCUAUGUGUUGGGAGGAGAGGAAGGCUGGGACAGGUACCAUGACACAAUUGAGCGGUACUGUGACGAGACUGACAGCUGGGAAAUUGUAGGCGAGAUGCCAACAAGUCGUAGCUGGCUAAGCUGCGUCUCUCUGCAGAUGAGGAAAGAAUCUCACGCUGCUGUUCACCCCGGCAACGCUGCAGAGACGGAGUUUCCUGUGGAUUGAUGGCGUCUGGAUAACGAUGUGCAUUAAGCCUCACCCUCUGUGUGCCUGCCACACCCAGCAAACACGGGCUGCGUGUGUGUCUGAGAGAGAAGGCCACGAAAGAAGACUGCUGUUGAAGUGUUGGUGGGACGUAGUUUUCAGUUUGCAAAGGACACGCUAGCGAACUGACGGGUCUCAUGAAACGACUCGUGUGCCAAUAUUGUGGAGUCCAUUCGUUGCUGUGGAUGGAUGAUUAUCAUGUCUAGCACAGUCUCGUGUACAUCAUUUCCCUGAAUGUGUGAAAACAUGUAUACAGGGUGCCCUGUGAGCUCUGAGCACCUCAUGAUGGUCAAAUAGUGAUGUGUUUUGUUCCCCUCCCCCGCCCAAAUCCUCUUAACCGUCACUAUUAUGAAUAUUUUGGUGGUUUUUCGUAUUUAUUAGGUUUGUGUGUUUAGACAUUGUAUAGAAAUGGGUUAUCUGUGUUAUUUAGCAACCACUCUGGUACAGCAGAGAUGGUACAACAGAUUUUCUAUCUGUUAAGUGAUAGACAAUAUCACACAGCUAUUUUAUAUACCUAUACAGUAGACAUAUUAGAUAAGUAAUGUAAUGUAAAAACCACUAAAAAAUUGCACAAAUUUGUCAUUAAGACUUUCCACUGUUCUAAUUGAAUGCGUUAAGACACUAUGGGGCCAUAUUCACAAAAAAUGAAACUCCUAAAUUGCUGAUUAAGGAGAAAUGCAUGUAAAUGGGUGCCAGUCCUACUUUUUUUCAGUCUAAAUUUAAUGUAUAUGGUGUUGUAGCAUUAAAGUGACCGUCCAGAAGA